AUCACUAGUUUUCCAAAUUAAAGCACAAAAAUUACCCCAAAGCCCAAAAUCUGUCCACCCUAGAGGCUGCUAUUUUAUGGAAAUAUGGACAGAUGUUCAGGAAAAAAAAAGGAACAAAUUACCCAGAAAUUUGGCGCCUGAAAACCCAUGAAUUUCUUAUUCUGAAAUCAAUUCAAAAAAAUUUGGAAAAAUGGAAAUAGAAAGAACAGGAAGCGACAUGGAAAUGGAGAGAGAAGAAGAAGAUGACGAAGAAACUCAACUUUUGAAGGAUCGUUUUCGUCUUUCCGCCAUUUCCAUUGCCGAUUCUGAAGCCAAGAAAAACGGAAUGCAACCAUCUGAAUCCAUUGUUGCGUGUAUUUCCAAUUUGGCGUUUAAUUAUGUUGAGCAUUUGGCCAAGGACCUUGAACUAUUUGCACACCAUGCUGGUCGUAAAUUGGUGAAUACUGAGGAUGUUAUACUUGCAGCCCAUCGAAAUGAGAACCUUUCUCUAUCAUUAAGGACCUUCUGCAAUGAUCUAAAAGCCAAAGAACCUCAGUCAGAGAGGAAGCGGAAGAAAGCUUCUAGGAAAGAGGACAAAGCUACAACAAGUGCACUUGAAACUGCUGAACUCUUAAGAUAGACUACCUUGUCUAGGAACGAUCCUAUUAGCCUGUUUCUUUGCCUAUAUCAGCUGCAGUGAUGAAGGAAGGACUUUGACGUCUCUUUAAGCUAUUGCAUGGAAGGAUAGUUCGGAGCUAUGUCUAAUAUGUGGGCAUUGAGCCCAUGAAGUGGUCACAUUGAGUUUAGACGAAGAGAUAGUUUCAAGCUCUGUGAACGCUUCGUUUUUCCCCUUAUCGAUUUUGUAUAGGUUAGUAACAGGUAGCAUAUGUUUAUAUGAGAAUGUUAUAAACUGAUGCUCUUACAGGCAGUUAAUAUUAACUGCUUCGUAAUACUUUAAUCACGGUCAUUACUGAAACAGUAUGUUCAUCACUGGUUACUGUUGACUUGUUUGUACAAAGUACUACUGUACUGUAUUAACCUAAAAGAAUUAUGGCGUAAUUACUUUUCUGUGACUUUAGUCCUUGUAAAUUUAAUGCAUUUCCUUGAUUGAGGAGGCAAUACUUUCCUAUGGAAUCAGACCGUGUCCUAUAUCUGAUACUGUAUGAGUUCAUCAUAACCCAGAAAUAUUCAUAUAUAGGGCAUUUUUG